GCAUGUGUGUGAAACAUUAGAACGUCGUCCUUCAAAGAGCAGCAAUCAGAUAAACCCUGGAAGUGAUCAAUCCCCUUACAAAGCAAGAGUCGAUGCACACAGCGAUCAAAUUGCGGAAAAUAAUAUAUAUUGCUGUGACUACCAGGAAGCACAAGGAAGUUUAAGUAGUGGAAUGACAAAGGAAGAAGAAGAAAGUGGCGGUCCAACAAGUGAAAUUUGUGAGUUUCCACAGGCAGAUGGCGAUUAUAAAAGGGAGAACAAUAUUUGGCCUUUGGAUGAUUGGGUAGCUCUGUGUACUAAAGGUUCAGCUGAAUAUUCCCAAUCUGAUUCCUCCACAAAGUUUCUAGACCAGCAGGUUUUGCAAUCUCCAAAGGACAAUUCUCACAUUAACCUAGAUUUAUCUAUCUCUUCAUAUUUCUAUUGUUAAUUAAAAUUAGGGGUCCUUUGGUUAGUGAGAAAUUCUAGAAUAUUUCAUGAGAUUUAUUGUAUUUUGGAUAUUAUAUAAUUUCAGAAUUACUUUAUUUCACCAUUUUCAUAUAAAUGAUGGAAUAAGUUAUUUUAUAUAAAAGGUCGAUAAACCAAUCUUACAAGGUAUUUCAAUUCA